AUUAACGAAUCGUUCGCUUCUGUCAAAAUGUACAGACCUCCCUAAACAUACACUUUGCAGUUUGUGUUUUGUUUACGAAUGUGUUUAUUAUCUAGUUCUUCAAAACGAAGUAUUACCCUGGUCACUAUAAUACAACAGAAUAGUUUAAUUCAAAGAACAUUCGUUUUGACCCGAGAAACAACGCAUCAUGUUGGGUGCUCGUUUGUAUUGCACUCUGUUUACUAAACAGCAGAAUUAUUUCAUGAUGAGGCAAGCACUACGACAUAGCUCCACAAUCUUCGGAUUAUCAUCAGGUUUCGGAAAAUGUGGAGUAGCAAUAAUACGUGUGUCCGGUUCGGCGUCACGAUCCAUCAUCAAUAAAAAGACUCGCCUAAAACCGUUUCCAGAGCCCCGCCGAGCCUUGCUAGCCAACAUUUUUCAUGGCGGCACGAAUGAAAUGAUAGAUCGAGGACUGUUGCUCUGGUUCCCUGGUCCAAACAGCUUCACUGGAGAGGAUACGGUUGAGUUUCAUGUGCACGGAGGUACGGCAAUAGUUUCCGCCAUGUACGACAGUUUGGCCUCGUUCCCAGACACCAGGGUAGCCGAACCGGGCGAAUUUACUAAACGCGCAUUCUACGCCGGCAAAAUGGAUCUAACGGAAGUGGAAGGCUUAGCGGAUUUAAUACACGCCGAAACAGAAGCACAACGAAAGCAAGCACUGCGGCAAGCGAAUGGUCAGCUGGCGUGUUUUUACAACUCGAUGCGCACUCGGCUAGUCGCCGCUAUCGCUAGCAUUGAGGCUUAUGUCGAUUUUUCCGAGGACCAAGACGUCGACGAUGAUGUGCUGAACGGCGCUGUGCAGAAGAUUGAAGCAAUAAUCGAUGAACUGAAGGUGCAUCUUAACGACAAUCGGCGUGGCGAACGGCUUCGAAACGGCGUUCGAACGGCAAUCGUUGGAGCGCCAAAUGUGGGCAAAAGUAGCUUAAUCAAUCUGCUCAGCCAGCGCAACGUUUCGAUCGUUACGAGUAUUGCGGGAACGACAAGAGAUAUCUUAGAAUCGCAUUACGACAUUGCCGGGUAUCCUGUCAUACUUGCCGAUACUGCCGGACUUCGGGCGGACACGGAUGAUGUGGUAGAAUGUGAAGGUAUUGCACGUGCACGGACGUACGUAGAGUGUGCCGAUCUACUAUUGUUAGUAGUGGACGCUUCUCGCAUCGGACCCAUCGAUAAGGUGGAUGCUUUCAUCGAGGAAUACAUACAAGCGCUCGGGAUUGAAAAGCAGUUGAUGUCCCGUACAUUGAUAGUUCUCAACAAAUGUGAUUUAUUGGACAAAGUUACGCUUGAACGGUUGAAAAACAAUUCCACCUUAAGUUGCUUGUCCUGCGAGAGUGAGGCUGGAUUAGCGGAGCUAAUGGAACGUUUAAAGGUUCGUCUGGAGCAGCUGUGUGGAAAUCCUUCCGUGGAAAGCCCUACUAUAAGCCAGGAGCGCCAUCGCUCCCAUCUAAAGCAGUGUUUAACGUGCCUGGAACGUUUUCGGGACUAUUUCAAAGAAACUUCGGGAUCGGACCGAGAUCUAGCCAUCGUUACGCAUCAUUUGCGUAAUGCCGUGCGUUGCAUUGGGAAGAUAACGGGCACAGUCGAAACGGAGGAAAUACUCGAUGUCAUAUUUAGCACAUUUUGCAUAGGAAAAUAAAGAAAUAAUACCCGUGUUGGGGUACAUUUUAUUAUUAUUGUUUCGAAGAACGACGGAGAAGCUUUGCUUUCCAUGCAAUUAGUCUUACCUUAAGGCUAUGCUUGGCUUACAGCUCUGGCUGGCUCUGACAGGAGAAGGAUAUCAAGUUCAGACAUAGUGAGGUAGUGCGUUAAAGUUUGCCCUUUUGCCGUUGUUUCUAGGUAGUUCUCGGAACACGUGUGUACGAAACGAGGCCAACGUUUGAUCUUACCAACGCAAUUGGCUAGGGCAUACGAAUGGCAGGGCGGAGCAUCGAUUGCCGGAAGAUAAACCGUCAUAACAUGCUUCAACACGACAGCACAGGGUUAACAUUACGGCAUUAAAGCAGAAGGAUAUCAAACGCAUCAGAUAAUGUUAUAACUGAACUCCUGUAGCAGAAGACGUUUUGAUUAGUUUUGGUUAAAUGUUUUGUUUUUUUUGGGGUUCAAGAAUAACAGUCUAGUCUUACUGCUUGAAACUAUUUUACGAGGGAAAUUUAUGGGACAGCAGUGGGGAGAUAUUUCCUACGGCGAACCGAGAUAACGUUUGAUGAGAUGUACGAAUUUUGGUAGAAAUCUUCGAGCAUAAUCAAUUUUGAAAUGCCUUGUGGCAUAGCUAUGACACGUGUACCUACUUACAAACGGUUGAAGUAUGUUGCAGGAGUGCUUUAAAACAUUUACAGACAAGCACAAUUAUUGACCCGGUUUCCCUGAUUAAUUUAUUAGUAUUGACAAGUGCAUUAAAGGGCUGACAUGCUUACUUUCCGAGCCUA